UUUAAGCUUACAAAGUUGGCUGGGAGUCGUGAUAGUUAGCUAAUAGCCUUUUAAAUAAUGUAGCUAGCUAGCGAGUUGACUGGCUAGCAAGCUAAGUGAAGAAUGGACGAAUUACCAGUAUUAGGUAGUUUCAAGUAAUGUUUAAGUGGGCUGGGAGUAUUGCUUGUUUAGCUCACUUGCCUAGCUCUGAUUUCGAUGCUAGCCAGAGCAUAGUCAGAACCAGCACCGAUUUUUCAUCUGCAGCCGCCAGAUCAGCUCGCCGUAAUUCUAGUGCGUCUCCCUAACCGGCGAGCACACCCUCCAAUGGAGACAGGCAUGCAAUCGGACACAGGCAUGCCACUUUUUAAAUAUAAAUGACCAGAUAAAAGUCUCAAUGUGUGGUAGCGCUCCCUUUAGCCAUUUCAAACCCUCUGUAUUAAACGAAAGCUGUCAUCACCUUCAGGGGUUCAUGCUAGUGUGAGAAAAGAAUAAUUCGUUGCUCAGUUGUAGAGGGCUUUCCACAGCCGUAGAAGUGGUAGCCAGCAUUGGUGAUCGGGUCGGUUCGGGUCAGAAAUGGGGAACACGGUAUCGUGCUGCAUGUCUCCGGGCGGGAGCCCAAAGCUCCCGAGGCAACCAGACCUUGUGGAGGAUUAUCAAGUCAACACCGAUCUGAGCGAGGACACCGGGCCGUACCUGCAGCACAUCAGCGACAGAGAGGUGCCAGACGAUCUGGCUCUGGAGUCCAAUCCCUCGGACCAUGCCCGGGCCAGCACCAUCUUCCUCAGCAAGUCUCAGACAGAUGUGCGGGACAAAAGGAAAAGUAAUCACAUAAACCAUUUUUCUCCCGGCCCCCUUUCCAAGAAAUACAGCUCCUGCUCCACCAUAUUCAUCGACGACAGCACAGUCAGCCAGCCCAACUUAAAGAGCACAAUCAAGUGUGUUACAUUAGCAAUAUAUUACCACAUAAAAAACAGGGACUCCAACAGAUCGCUGGACAUUUUCGACGAGAAGAUUCACCCCUUGUCGAGAGAUCACGUCCCCGAUGACUACUCCAGGACGGACCCCGAGCACAAAGUCAUUUACCGGUUUGUCCGCACGCUCUUCAGCGCCGCGCAGCUCACAGCUGAAUGCGCCAUCGUCACCUUGGUGUACCUGGAGCGGCUUCUCACCUACGCGGAGCUGGACGUCUGCCCCUGUAACUGGAAGCGCAUGGUGCUGGGCGCCAUCCUGCUGGCCUCCAAGGUGUGGGACGACCAGGCGGUGUGGAAUGUGGACUACUGCCAGAUCCUCAAGGACAUCACUGUGGAGGACAUGAACGAGAUGGAGAGACAUUUCCUGGAGCUGCUGCAAUUCAAUAUUAACGUCCCGGCCAGCGUCUAUGCCAAGUACUACUUUGACCUGCGCUCGCUGGCUGACGACAACAACCUGAGCUUCCCCCUAGAGCCACUUAGCAACGAGCGUGCCCAGAGACUGGAGGCCAUCUCCAGACUGUGUGAGGACAAGUACAGAGACCUGACCAAGGUGUGCAUGAGGCGCUCCCUCAGCGCAGACAACCUGCAGAGCUUCCGCCGCUCACAAGCUGUGCUGUCAUAGGGGGCAGAGCCACGGAGGACAGGCCGCACACAUCCUUAGACUGCGCCAAAGACAUUUCCUCAACGGAACGACCUCCAAAACUCCGCUUCAGCGCAGAGGAACCCAAGUACAGAGACAGAGAGAGACUGUAUUUUUUGUUUUUUGUUUUGUUUUUUUUGCUUACUAUGUAGGCUACUAGCUGUGAAAUUUGUCGGUUUUUAAUUAAUUAAAAUC